GAACUUUCUAACCAGCCAUAUUUUUCGGAAAAAGAAACGAAAAUAAUUUUAUUCGUUUUAUUGAUAAUCCACAGCUAUAUUUGCGAAAACAUCAGUUUAUCAUGGCAGAUGAUGAUUGGGCUGCACUUGUAGACCAACAAGAGAGUAACCAACUGUCUUCGAGGGUAGAGAAAAAUUUAACAAUUGGAGCAACAGCUGCUACUAAGCAAGUCCCUUUGCCAGGUUCUGCAUCUGUAGCAACAGGCCAUGCACCAGCAGUCACAGGCCAGGCACCAGCAGUCACAGGCCAGGCACCAGUAGCAACAAAUCAUGUACCAGGGGCAGGAGAUGCAAAUGGGGAAGCAGAGCAAGAUGAAAAAGAGCUGUCUGCUGCUGAGCAGUCUCUUUUGAGGAAGAAACUCUCCAAUCAAUUGGUGGCCACAAAAGCUGAUUUAGAAAUUCUGCAAAAAGACCCCAACUCUCCACUUUAUUCCGUUAAAUCCUUCGAAGCAUUGAAUCUCAAACCAGAAUUACUGAAGGGUGUAUAUGAGAUGGGUUUCAACAGUCCAUCAAAGAUUCAAGAAACAGCCCUACCCACACUGCUAGCAGAUCCGCCCAUGAACAUGAUAGCCCAGUCACAGAGUGGUACAGGAAAGACGGCAGCAUUUGUGCUUACUAUGCUUAGUAGAGUAGACACAUCCAAGCCAUAUACUCAGUGUAUCUGUUUAUCACCAACAUUUGAGCUGGCUCUACAAACAGGCAAGGUUACGGAACAGAUGGCUAAACACAUGACUAGUCUUAAAGUCUGCUAUGCUGUCAGAGGGGAAAGAGUAUCAAGGGGUCAGAAGAUAGACUCUCACAUAAUCAUUGGCACCCCUGGUACACUACUUGACUGGUGUAUUAAGUUCAAGGUGAUUGACAUGAAGAGAGUAGAUGUGUUUGUACUGGAUGAGGCAGAUGUCAUGAUAGCAACGCAAGGCCACCAGGACCAGAGUAUCAGAAUACAAAAAACAUUGCGGAAAGACUGUCAAAUGCUUUUGUUCAGUGCCACCUAUGAGCAGGAUGUUAUGCAGUUUGCCAAAGCUGUCGUACCUAACCCUGUAAUCAUCUCACUUCGCAGAGAAGAAGAGAGUUUAUCAAAUAUUAAACAAUACUACAUAAACUGUAAAGAUAAAGAAGCUAAAUUUCAAGCUCUCUCCAACAUCUAUGGUGCAAUUACUGUUGGCCAGUCGAUGAUCUUUUGUCAUACAAGGAGAACAGCAGCUUGGUUGUGUGAGAAGAUGAUAGCUGAGGGUCAUGCUGUAGCACUGCUCAGUGGAGAGCUCACUGUGGAACAGAGGGCAGCUGUUAUAGAACGGUUCAGAGAUGGCAAAGAGAAAGUACUCAUAACAACCAAUCUCUCAGCCAGAGGUAUUGAUAUCGAACAAGUGACUGUUGUGGUGAACUUUGACCUCCCAGUGAACACCCAACACCAAGCAGAUUGUGAAACAUACCUACACAGAAUUGGGCGUACAGGGAGGUUUGGCAAAAAUGGAAUAGCUCUCAACUUUGUAGAUGGGCACAGGUCAAUGCAAAUCUUGAAAUGUAUAGAAUCACAUUUUAAUCGUGCCAUAAAUAAACUGGAUGCUGAAGAUUUUGAUGAAAUUGAAAAGAUCGGACAAUGAUAGUACUGUGAAGAUUCCUCUUAUAACACGAUUGUGUGUUAUGUGGACAAUGAGAUACUGUUCAUUAUUAGAUGUAUAUACUGACUAUCUGGGCUGUGUAACUGUUACAUCAUGAUCUGGACAGAACAUUGGGAAAUAUUUUAAUUGUUCUUG